AUGACGCCAGCCUACACAUUCACAGACUACUGGUCUCAAGGACAGACAAUCACAUACAUUAUCGUGGACAUCACAAUGCCGCCUGGAGGAAGCAUGUCCCUGUUCAACCUUUAUGUCGCUCUCUCUUGUAGUUUGGAGGAUCAACGCUUGCAAGAGCAGAAUACAAGACCCAAAACAUGGUGGGAACAGAUGAAAAACGGAGUUGCUCAGACACUGCAAUGCCUGUCAUCAUAA